AUGGAAGCAUUGCUGCGCCGCAACUUUGCGCUCGUCGAUGCUAGCUUCUGCUUCGUAGCAAAGCGAUGUGCGUCUCCGACUGUGCGUAGUGUAUUGCUUGUGGCCAACAGCUUUGGCAGCACGCAGCUCACGCGACAGCAUCUCGUGGAAUUAGCAACUUAUGCCCCAGACCUCCUUAUUUUAGGGUCGAGUGUUCUCGCUCAGUCACGCGCAGUAGCCGAUGUGUAUGGUCCGGCUUUCUGUCAUGACGAUGACCUUGAAGUUGUGACAUUUCCGUUAGUGCCACAGACGAGUCAACGGGCAAGUGCAAAAAGGAGAAAGUUGUUUGACGCCGCGUUACAGAAACGAGACGAACAUGGUGACAAGUGUUUUGUCACAGUCAAGCAAGUGGGUACACAAGUACAACCGGUCCAAAAUGGCUUGAAAAAGUCAACACCGACGUUGGUAGAGGUUACAAAUGAUGAAAAGCACAAUGAGUGGCGAUCGUCAGUCCUGAAAAUGUUGCAGCAAAUGGAUUUGUGUACAACUCAAAUUGUUCAUGUCGAGAAACGUCCUGCGUGUGAAGCUCAGUAUCGCCCUUUAGGGCCAUUGCAUUUAUCGUCGCGAGUUUGUGCAUCACUUCAGAAGUGCUACGACAUUGCACAGUUGUACUCACACCAGUUUGAAGCCAUCGAAGCAAUUGGUCGUAAGGAAAACGUCGUACUGUCUACAAGGACAGCAAGUGGAAAGUCACUUGCGUACAAUGUUUCGAUGCUGGAAAUGUUGCUUGAGGAUGCGAACGCGACGUUCGUGUAUCUGUUUCCGACGAAAGCACUGGCACAAGAUCAACUCAAGUCGUUGCAACGAUUAUUAAAAGCUGCAGAACUACCACUGCAUCUUGGCGCGACGUUCGACGGCGACACGCCUAUGAAAAGUCGAUCGAUGGUGAUUCGGGAGACGCGAAUAUUCUUGACCAACGUGGACAUGCUCCACGUGACAAUUCUUCCUCAGCAUCGACAAUGGAAGCAGGUGUUUUCCAAUCUCAGACUACUUGUUGUGGACGAAGCGCACAUGUACCGCGGUGUGUUUGGGUCUCAUGUCGCGUGUGUGUUCCGUCGACUGUUUCGCUUAUGCGCGCUGCACGGCUCAAACCCGCAGGUCGUCUGCUGCUCGGCUACUAUCCAGAAUCCAGAGAUGCAUUUCCGACAAUUAAUGCCGCUGCUUCCGCCUCUAGUUGAUGAAUCUGUAUUGGCGUCAGCCGAUGACACUAGUCGAGAGCAGCUGAAACAAGAUCUUGGACCACCUAACCUGCACUUCUUUCGUCAGCGACUACUGAGAGUGAUAACAAAAGACGGAGCUCCAAGUGCAGAGAAACUGUUCUGCAUCUGGAAUCCUAAGGUGCCAGGUAGGAGGUAUUCAAACGACACUCAGGAGGACGAGAGUGCGUGCCAUGAACCCGAUUUGUUGCGACGUGCUACUUCCCAAAAUGUGCUGCCGCGGAUGAGGGCGGCAACGCGAAAGCGUAGACGAACAGCGAGUACACCGAGCAAAAAAGAAACAGGUGAUGAAGGCCAAGAAGCAGAAGCUCGUGCAAGCUCAAGUGCGAUUUUUCAGGGCUCUCGGAUCCUCGCUCGUUUGGUAGAAGCUGAAAUCGCUACGCUGAUGUUUUGUCGUAGUCGAAAGCUAACUGAGCUCGUGCUCAUGAACGUCCACUCGAUUCUACAAACCGAUCCGAAGACGCGACAUUUAGUUCGUCGAGUCAGUUCCUACCGCGGUGGGUACACACUGGAAUCGCGACGACGGAUUGAGCAGAGACUGUUUAGUGGGGAUUUGCUUGGAACGGUGGCAACGAAUGCGUUGGAGCUAGGUAUUGACGUCGGCGAAUUGGACUGCACGAUACACCUCGGACUGCCGUCGAGCAUAGCAUCCUUAUGGCAACAAGCUGGUCGUGCAGGUCGCCGACAGCGGCAAACCGCACAGAAACAAUCUGUUGCGGUCAUAGUGUGCUUCGAUUCGCCGUUGGAUCAGUACUUUGCACAGCCGCAGCACUCUAUGGAACUUUUUCAGCUGGAGCCAGAAGCUGUGAGUUUGAACCCGGUGAAUCCCCGCAUUCUUGGACAGCACAUGCUGUGUGCUGCCCGUGAGUCAGCCCUAUAUUCGUCACAAUCUGGAGCGGCUUACAUUGAUUCAUUCAUUUUCGGAAAGUUGAACGACCUCAAGUGUGACGGUCGUGUCGACUGUGGACAAGCAGUGGUGUCUGAAGUUCUACAGUCGCUUAUAAAGGACAAGAAACUUAUGGAGUGUUUCGAGUCAGGUAAGUGCGUGAACUAUCGUGUCCAUUCGUGCCUGCCAAAGAAGUUCCGGGCAGUGAGUUUGCGCAGUAUCUGCGAUGAGAUAUACAAAGUGGUGGUUACGACAAACAACGCUGUCAUCGAUGACGGAAACGGGGAGGUGCUGGAUGAAAUACCAGGGGACAAAGCUUUUUUUCAAGUGUACCCCAAGGCGGUGUAUCUUCAUCAGGCUCGAGAGUACGUGAUCACCCGACUGGACAACGACCAGCGCAUAGCGUUUGCAGUGAAGUGUCAGCAGCCGCUCACAUAUUUUACAACUUGCCGUGAUUUUACCGAUCUUGAGGUUGUCCGUAUACAAAACACCACGCAGCUCGGACAUGGUCGUAAAAAUGCAAAACACGACUGUGUUCUGCUUGGUGUUGGCACUGUUUCUAUCUUGACCCGAGUUUUCGGGUCCACGAUGCUGGAAAAGCGUACGAUGCGAGUUCUAGGAUCAAACGAGUUUUCCUUGCCUCUUAUGCAAUCGUUUGGCGAGGCCGUAUGGCUCGAAUUUCCAGCUAUACUGCGACAGCAAGUAGAGGCUAGGGAUGGCGCAUCAUGGACAGCAUCAUUGCACGGGAUCGGCCACCUUUUGACAGCACUGGUUCGUCUGUUUAUAUUGUGCGACGAUGAAGAUGUCGGUACCGAGCAUGUCAACGAGUUCGAGCAGCGUACCAAACCAAAUCGGGUCACUAUCUAUGAGAGGCGCGAAGGAGGAUGUGGGUUAGUUGCUGAGAUCGUGAAGGUGCUUCCGGAGCUGAUCAAGAAGUCAUGGACAAUCAUAAGUGAAUGUGGGUGCUCGGAAGGCUGCCCAUCUUGCAUUCACUCACCUCGAUGCUCCGAGUACAAUCAUGUGCUGGACAAGCAAGGGAGUCUUCACGUGCUUAACUACCUACGCAACAUGACAAAAGAGACCACAACGUAG